AGUGACCGCUGUCCAGUUAGAUCAGCCUCAUCAAGUCAAAACCACCACCACCGAAAAAUGACCAAGGGAACGUCAUCUUUUGGUAAACGACACACAAAGUCGCACACUCUCUGCCGCCGUUGCGGAAACCGGGCCUUCCACAGACAACACAAAACCUGUGCGCAAUGUGGCUAUCCCUCUGCCAAGAUUCGGUCGUAUGAGUGGGGCCAAAAGGCCAAACGUAGAAAGACAACGGGCACUGGUCGCAUGCGGUACUUGAAGGAUGUCUCUCGGCGGUUCAAGAAUGGGUUCAGAGAGAACACAACGGCCGUAAAGCGCGUCAAAAAGACAGAGUAG